AUGUGCAGAUUCAUGGUUUACAAAGGCAAAGAUGAUAUCCUUCUCUCUGAACUCAUUCUCAACCCUACCCAUUCUAUCCUCACACAAUCCUUCGAUUCACGCCUACGACUAGACCGGCGCCGCCCACACAAUGGCGACGGCUUCGGCAUCGGCUACUACACCUCUCCCUCACUCGGACCCACCCCUUGCGUCUUCACCUCCACCAUCCCCGCCUGGAACUGCAUCAACCUCUCGCGCAUCGCCUCCAAGACAACCUCGUCCCUCAUCUUCGCCCACGUGCGCGCCACCACCGAAGGCAACCUCAGCGACAGCAACUGCCACCCCUUCAGCUACAAAAGCAUCAUGUUCAUGCACAAUGGCGGCAUCGGCGCCUGGCGCCAGAUCAAGCGCCGCUUCGCCCUCAGCCUCGCCGAGAAAUGGUUCAACGUCGUCGGCGGCUCCACAGACAGCGAGUGGGCAUUUGCCAUGUUCCUUGACUGCCUCGCCAACGCCGGCGUGUCACCGGAUAAAGACGUAGAGCCUGGUGUGGGCUUUGGACAUACGGUGCUGAGGAAGGCGCUGCUGAAGACGAUUGAGCGGAUUAAUGCGUUGAUCAAGGAGGUUGUGGGUGAGCAGGGCGUCGGGGAGGAGGAUAGUAGGAGUUUAUUGAAUUUUGCGGUUACGGAUGGCGUUAGUGUGGUUUGCUCACGUUAUGUGAGUUCGACGAAAGAUGAAGCGGCGAGUUUGUUUUUUAGUAGUGGGACGAGUUGGAAGGAACUUGGUGGGGAGACGCACCGCGGUGCUGCAGCAGCGUCGGUCGGGAGUGAUGAUGGGAGUAGUGCUGGGUUGGAGAGUGAGGAUAGAGAGAGGAAUUAUGUCAUGGAGAGGAGGGAUAAGGGGUCCGAUAUCGUGCUUGUGGCCAGUGAGCCGUUGACCUUUGAACGUGAUAAUUGGGUUACGGUGCCGACAAAUAGUACCCUGACUAUUUCGAAGCAGACGGUCAUGAUUCAUCCUAUUGUAGAUGAAUUCUACUCCCCGAACCCGGCGCAUGAGCGUAGUGCUCAGUUUGCAAAGGCCAAGGGGCAGACUGUUACGGGCAAGGCGUGA